CGCAUUCGCCCUUGUUGUUGUGAUUCUCCCGACAAGCCAACCGAUUUUUCGCUUUUCGGGUGCUCGAAUUUGUUGUUGCAUGAAAACAAGAAAUAAUUGUACUUCUUAGUGGUCGCAUGCUCUCAGUCGUAGACGAAGUCAGAACGGAGAUGCAUUGUUGUUCUUCUCGGUCCCGUGCGGUUUUCGCUAUGUUUUGGUAUUCUACUGCAAGAAGGACUGAAAUAGCAUGCAGUGGUUCAUCUUGUCAGAAAAACUUUUUUGCCACGCACACGUCUCAGACGCAUAGUCCGCGUCUUCCAAGCGAAAGGUCGUCCUUGUCACAAGUGACUGCCUUCUUGGAUGCCCGCCGCCAGCACGGACACGCCGCGGCAUUGGCGGAAAAACAGGCCUUCCGGCUGCGUGUGACCGAAGCAAGGAGGGAGAAGGACGCCCAUUUCCAGAAGCAUCUUACGGAUCCCGAAUAUUACGGGGCCAGCCACUACGGGACUAAGCUUUCGGUGCGCAUGCAAAUUAAUCGCGGAGCGCGCGGCAAAUGGGGCACGUUGAGGCGGUCCAUCGGAAACCUAUUCAAUUGCGCCACUGGCACACAGGUCAAGAGGGUCGGAAAUCACAGAGCCUAGUAGAAGGCUAGAACUUCUCCUAGUCUAAGUCUUGUAAUCGACGAAGCACUUCUUCAGUUAUAGACAGUAGAUGCAAAGUGAGUUUUUGAACGCUUGAGGAAACCGAU